AAAGCCAAGCUGGGCCCUGGUACUAAGAAGGUGAUCUCUCCAUCAGAUGACAGCAGGUCUAAUCUACCUUCUAACAACCUGGACUCUGUCAAACUCACCGACUUCAACUUCCUGGCCGUGCUGGGGAAAGGCAGCUUCGGCAAGGUGAGCCAGGAUUUUACUUGUAUUAUUAAGGAGGUAAAGGGGUAGUUUCCCAGACACAGAUUAAACCUAGUCCUGGACAGAAAAGCACUUUCAUUGGAGAUUCUCCAUUGAUCUUGUUUUUUAGUCCAGGACUAGGUUUAAUCUGUGUCUGGGAAACAGCCUCACUAUGAUUCGUCGGUAGUUAAUCUAAUUGGCUUCUAAAAUCAGCUAUCCAACUUGUCAUGUUGAAUGUCCUGUGUACCACGGGAUAUUAUCUAUCGGACAAAUCUGAAAUGGAGUAAAAUCCAAGUCUAUGUUGGUGUACGUGAGCAAAAUCUAGGACUUGGUCACAUCAUCCAUAAUUUACACAAAACAGAGCCAUACAAUUAAUGAGUACAAUGCAAUGUUUUGGCUUAGACCGUCCGUACCUCGAUGUAACACAGCGUGAAUAAAUGAGUAUAUCCAUUCGUCAGUUGAGUAAUAAGCAUACAGUAACAACAUAACAGUUGAGUUAAUAACAUUACUAUCCGCAUUAAGCCACCCUAUUAGAAGCCUUCAGUCUAACCUUUGACCUCUCGUGUUCCUGUGUGCUAGGUGAUACUGGCAGAGAUGAAGCCCACAGAUGAUCUGUACGCCAUCAAGAUCCUGAAGAAGGAUGUGGUGAUCCAGGAUGAUGAUGUGGAGUGUACCAUGAUAGAAAAGAGAGUCCUGGCCCAGCAGGACAAACCACCCUUCCUCACUUCACUCCACUCCUGCUUCCAGACCGUGGUAUGGAGACUACGGACACACACAUGCACAAGGGGAUAAACACACACACAUACACACACGUGGGCAUAUGGGCACGCGCACAUGCACAUGUACAAACACACAAUUACUUGCUUUUUGCUGUCCAUCGAUGUUGAUGAUUACGUUGCUCCCAACUCUCAUAAGUGUGGUUAUUGUGGUGGGGUAGGGUUUGUGCCAUUGCAUGUGUCUGUGCAGGCCACACACAUACACACACACACACACACUCACUCAUCAAGCUCCUCUAUGACGCACACACACAUACACACCACACAUGUAUAUACCCACACAAAGUUCAAUGAAGUUUUUCUUUGUUUUAAUCUGUCAGCUUUCUCAGCACUUUCUCAUUCCUCCUUAAUGUUUAAUCCCUCAAUCUCUCUCAGGCAGAGACGACAAAGGGCAGGCGGUGGCCAACACACACACACACACAUGCACACACACACAUGCACACACACACACACACACACACACACACACACACACACACACACACACACACACACACACACACGCACACAUCUCCAAAGUGGAAAUAGAAAAUUCUAUGCAUUUUAAGUGAGUCCAAAUCCUCUUCACAAUAAGAUGCCUCGAUCACUUUGAGGGUAAUUGUUUAAGAAAACCAUUUGCCUUGUCUGACAGGUUAUGUAAAGCUAAUGAUGAGAAAAGUACAUAAAAUACCGUAAGCCUUAUUAUAAUCUCGCAGCGUGAUUUAAUUUCAAACUAUUCUUCAACAAUGUGCGUUAUAAGGAGCUGAUUAUUUAACUAGGGGUUAGUAAGCUGAGGAAUACAUGAAUAGUCGCCUCUUCAGAACGCACAAUGUUGAAGAAAAGUUUCGAAUUAAUUCACACUUCCAGAUUAUAAUUAAGCGAUAAGGCUCGAGGAGGUGUGGUAUAUGACCAAUAUACCACGGCUAAGGGCUGUUCUAAGGCACGACGUAAUGCAGAGUGUCUGGAUACAGCCCUUAGCCGUGGUAUAUUGGCCAUAUACCACAAACCCCCAAGGUGCCUUAUUGCUAUUUUAAACUAGUUACCAACGUAAUUAGACCAGUAAAUAGUAAUUUAUUGUCAUACCCGUGGUACACAGUCUGAUAUACCACAGCUUUCAGACAAUCAGUACUCAGAGCUCGAACCACCCUGUUUAUAAUGAGGUGUAUGGUAUGUUUUUGCGCUACGAAAAUGUCUCCAUGUGACUAGUGCAGGACAGACCGGUGAAGAGGCUAUCUGAGGGAUUUACUUCAGUUUGACUAGACAUAAUGGAGUCAUACAUAGGAAAUAUUUCUGAGGGGUAUACCUUUUCCUCUCAUGUUGUUGUUGUUUUGCUUUCUAUAGUACUUAACACUCCUACCAUAUCCCCUAUAUGUGACUCAAUACUACACAACAGCCUCACCACUGGGUCCUACAGUAUAAUGAAGAAAGCCUCUCUGUUUUUUAUGACACAGUAAAUGACGGUAGAACAGAUGCCAACCCCAAGAAAUAUGAAAAACAAUGUUAAAUGAUAUUAAACACCCCCAUCUCUGUCUCCCUCUCUGCCCAGGACCGGCUGUACUUUGUCAUGGAGUUUGUCAAUGGAGGGGACCUCAUGUACCACAUCCAACAAGCGGGCAAGUUCAAAGAGCCACAGGCAGUGUAAGUUACCCUCUUCCCUCGCUUUCACCUUUUAAAUAGGGGGAAUAAAAGAGUGUGAAAGAGAAAUAAAUAGAGGGCUUGGAAGAGCGAGGGGGAACUAGACUGGGCACUGCAAAGUACAGUGGAGAAAGAGAAACGACAGCCUAGGUAUAAGAAUUCAUAUUUCUAUCAGAAUGUGUCCAGUCUAUAGCUGAAGCACAUUUACAGUCCUUUACAGUCCUUCCUGUUGAAAUUAAUGGCUUCAGGGUUGUCUAACAUGGAGCAUGUCGUUGCAGGUUCUAUGCAGCAGAGAUCGCUGUUGGCCUGUUCUUCCUGCACAAGAAAGGAGUGAUUUACAGGUGGGUCUUCUUCCAGUGUAUACCAACUCAGAGGCACUUUAUCCCAUUCUAGGAUCACUGUACAUAAACUCAGCAAAAAAAGAAACGUCCUCUCACUGUCAACUGCGUUUAUUAUCAGCAAACUUAACAUGUGUAAAUAUUUGUAUGAACAUAACAAGAUUCAACAACUGAGACAUAAACUGAACAAGUUCCACAGUCAUGUGACUAACAGAAAUUGAAUAAUGUGUCCCUGAACGAAGGGGGGGGGGGGGGGUCAAAAUCAAAAGUAACAGUCAGUAUCUGGUGUGGCCACCAGCUGCAUUAAGUACUGCAGUGCAUCUCCUCGUCAUGGACUGCACCAGAUUUGCCAGUUCUUGCUGUGAGAUGUUACCCCACUCUUCCACCAAGGCACCUGCAAGUUCCCGGACAUUUCUGUGGGGAAUGGCCCUAGCCCUCACCCUCCGAUCCAACAGGUCCCAGACGUGCUCAAUGAGAUUGAAGAGCACUUUUUGCCAGUCCUGUCUGGUCCAGCGACAGUGGGUUUGUGCCCAUAGGCGACGUUGUUGCCGGUGAUGUCUGGUGAGGAACUGCCUUACAACAGACCUACAAGCCCUCAGUCCAGCCUCUCUCAGCCUAUUGCGGACAGUCUGAGCACUGAUGGAGGGAUUGUGCGUUCCUGGUGUAACUCGGGCAGUUGUUGUUGCCAUCCUGUACCUGUCCCGCAGGUGUGAUGUUCGGAUGUACCGAUCCUGUGCAGGUGUUGUUACACGUGGUCUGCCACUGCGAGGACGAUCAGCUGUCCAUCCUGUCUCCCUGUAGCGCUGUCUUAGGCGUCUCACAGUACAGGACAUUGCAAUUUAUUGCCCUGGCCACAUCUGCAGUCCUCAUGCCUCCUUGCAGCAUGCCUAAGGCACAUUCACGCAGAUGAGCAGGGUCCCUGGGCAUCUUUCUUUUGGCGUUUUUCAGAGUCAGUAGAAAGGCCUCUUUAGUUUCCUAAGUUUUCAUAACUGUGACCUUAAUUGCCUACCAUCUGUAAGCUGUUAGUGUCUUAACGACCAUGUUCAUUAAUUGUUUAUGGUUAAUUGAACAAGCAUGGGAAACGGUGUUUAAACCCUUUACAAUGAAGAUCUGUGAAGUUAUUUGGAUUUUUAUUAAUUAUCUUUGAAAGACAGGGUCCUGAAAGGGGGACGUUUCUUUUUUUGCUGAGUUUAGUUUGUCAAACCAUUAAUUAAUCAAUUUAAUCAUUUAAAUGUAAGGAAGUAACCGGAGUGGUGUAGAAAAUGCCCCAAAAUGGUCGUCUUCAUUUGGACCUUGUCACAUGAUGCGGGUGUCUCCUGCAGGGAUCUGAAGCUUGACAACGUGAUGCUGGACUCGGAGGGCCACAUUAAGAUCGCUGACUUUGGCAUGUGUAAAGAGAACAUAUACGAGGGAGUGACCACUCGCACCUUCUGUGGGACGCCCGACUACAUCGCCCCAGAGGUAGGAACAGGGGUAGUGUGUGGGGAGGGGGAGGGUGGUCAUUUUUGUCAUUGUCUGGCCUGCGCCCCCGUCUCCGGGGCGAUCCACAUCCGA